AUGGCGCCCAAAGUUAAAGUCGUCAAGUCCAAGGCGGCGCCCAAGAGGUCGCCGGGCACGCCGCCAGCACCCUUUAAGAAACCAGCAGAGGUCCUUCAACCCUUGCUCGAGACGCUCUCGCCGCAACACGUCUAUAUCACUCAUAUCGAUCCGAAACCCGCGGCUUUCAAGAAGAAAAUUUUCCUUGUGCCCGUUGGCAUGAACUUAGCCGUCGCUGCGCUCUUUCUUCUGCGCAUGUACUACAUCCUGCCAUACUACUUCAAAUUCGUCCAGUCUGCCAUGGGCUACCCCAACGAAACAACCUUCCCCGUUGCCGAAUCGACCUGGGGCCAGCUACUUUGGGAAAUUAGUAAGCGCGGCGCCUCUCUCAUUUUGGAUUUCAUGCUCUUCGUCUUCGUCUGGCCGUGGCCCAUCGAGUUUGUGUUUGGCCGUUCAUACGGUAACCCAGUCAGCUGGCGAUGGAGAGUUGGUUUCCGAGAGAAGGAGAUCUACGUCCGGCGCAGCCGCGAGUGGGACCAACAGCUGGGCGACAUCUUCAAGGAGAAGGAGAAGAACGAGGCCUUGCAGCAGAUCAUUCGACAGGCCUGCUCACCGCUCCUUUUGCAGGAGAAGACGGGCUACCUCACCAUGACCGGGCAGUGGGAUCUCGACUGGCAAGCCAUGAUCGACGCGCACACAAUGGUGGACCGCAAGGACAUUGCUCUGGAGGCCUUCCGACGCCUGGUCUUAGUGCACCACGAAGACUACGGCUGGAUGACUGUAGAGGAAGAAGGCGUGAGCGCCAAGGAGGACGACAGACGGAGGCAAGUCUUCCAGUUCAGGGACGCUCUCGCAGCCAUUGGCAAGGAGAACCUCUUUUUCCGCUGGAUCGAGAUUGUGCAGUUCGAGUCGUCGCAACCAGGCGGCUUCGGGCCCGAAAAGCAAGUCGAGGUGGCCAAGCAGAUUCGGGACUUGUUCCAGGAGCAAGGCGUUGAUUUUGAUCAGGUGUGGCACGAAGCUGUCGGCACAGACGGCCUGGCCGGCAUGUAA